UCAUCCACUUCCUUGCUGCUUCAUUCUUUCUACCACUCUCACCCUGCUCACACCAGCUGCCAUGUCUCGCCAGUGCGCUGCAAGGAACCAGAUCAAAACCGGCUUCAGUGCUGCUUCUGCCUUCAUCCCGAAUGCCAGCAGCUCCAGCUUCUGCUUGCGUUCUGCAUCCCAAGGUGGAAGCUGCAGUACUGCUGCUGGCUAUGGAAGAUUUGCUGGAGGUUUUGGAAGCAGGAGCCUCUACAGUCUUGGUGGAUGCAAGAGGAUCUCCGUAGCUGGAAGAGGUGGUGGCUUCUAUGGACCUGCAGGUUUUGGUGCUGGCACUGGGAUCCCCUGUGGCGUUGGUGGUGCCUUUGGGUUUGGUGGUGGCAUUGGUGGCCCUGGAUUCCCUGCUGUCCCAGCUGGGGGCAUCCAUGAAGUCUCGGUCAACCAGAGCCUUCUGAAACCUCUCAACUUGGAGAUUGACCCCAACAUCCAGAGUAUUCGUAGGGAUGAGAAGGAUCAGAUUCAAACCCUCAACAACAAAUUUGCCUCCUUCAUUGACAAGGUCCGAUUCCUUGAGCAACAAAACAAGGUCCUGGAGACCAAAUGGGUCCUUCUGCAAGAACAGGGGAACAAAACAGUCAGAAACAACAUUGAGCCCCUCUUUGAGACCUACAUCAACAACCUCAGGAGCCAGCUGAACAGGUUGCUGACCGACAAGGAGAACUUGGGAGGGGAGCUGAACAAGGUGCAAAACCUUGCUGAGGACUUCAAGAACAAGUAUGAAGAGGAGGUCGACAAGCGCACAGUGGCAGAGAACGAAUUUGUGAUCCUGAAGAAGGAAGUGGACACUGCCUACAUGAACAAGACAGAGCUGCAAGCCAGGCUGGAGUCCCUUAUGGAGGAGAUAGAUUUCCUCAGAGCCCUCUAUGAAGCCGAGCUGUCCCAGAUGCAGUCACAGAUCUCUGACACCUCUGUCAUCCUGACCAUGGACAACAACCGCAGCCUGGACAUGGACAGCAUCAUCGCAGAGGUCAAAGCGCAGUACGAGGACAUUGCCAACCGGAGCCGGGCAGAAGCUGAGUCCUGGUACCAAUCCAGGUAUGAAGAGCUGCAGGCUACAGCAGGCAGGCAUGGGGAUGACCUCCGCAACACCAAGCAGGAGAUCUCCGAGCUCAACCGCCACGUCCAGAGGCUGAGGUCUGAAAUUGAAAGUGUGAAGAAGCAGUGCACCAGUUUGCAGAUGGCCAUUGCAGAUGCUGAGCAGCGUGGGGAGCUGGCCCUCAAGGAUGCCAGGGCAAAGCUGGAGGAGCUGGAGACAGCUCUGCAGAAGGCCAAGACAGACCUGGCCCGGCAGCUCCGGGAGUACCAGGAGCUCAUGAAUGUCAAGCUGGCCCUGGACAUUGAGAUUGCAACCUACAGGAAGCUGCUGGAGGGAGAAGAGUGCAGGCUCUCUGGAGAAGGUGCUGGCACAGUGAAUAUCUCUGUGACCAGAACCACCACAGGAACAGGAUAUGGAAGUGGAAACUGUCUCAGCUUCGGAGGCAGCAGUGGUGGUGUUGGAGGUGGGAUCUGCGCUGGAGGAAUGGGCUUCAGCUCUGGAAGCAGACAAGGUGCAGAUGGGUCAUGCCGGGUUGGUGGAAGCAGUUCCAGCACUAAGUACAUCUCCACCACCUCUUCAACCAAGAGAUGCUACUAA